CGCAAGCCACCGCACAAAUUUGUCACAACCAACACUUUCUGUCAAUUAUGGCUGAGCAUUACCACCAGCAGCAGCAUUAUCAACAUCAGCAAAACAUCCAGAAUAAUCAAUCCAGGUCUCAGCAGGUGGUGAAGGCCGCCACAGCUGUCACCGCUGGUGGGUCUCUUUUGGUGCUCUCUGGUCUGAUCCUAGCCGGUACGGUCAUUGCAUUGACCAUUGCAACGCCUCUCCUUGUCAUUUUCAGCCCAAUUCUCGUCCCUGCCAUCAUGGCAGUUUCUCUUUUGGUGAUGGGCUUCCUAGCCUCUGGUGGCUUCGGUGUUGCAGCUGUUUCUGUACUUGCAUGGAUCUAUAGGUAUGUUACGGGGAAGCACCCGAUAGGGGCGGACCAGAUAGACCAAGCGAGGACGAAGUUGGCAACUAAGGCUAGGGAGAUGAAGGACAGAGCGGAGCAGCUGACGAGUGCGGCGGCUUCAUAAGAAGCCACCGCUUCCCUGCCGCAGAUUCAAAGGCUAAAUACAUAUAUAAUGAAAUACAAAGUUUCAGUUGAGUUCUUUAAUUUGUAUGUGUGUGUGUGUUUUUUUUAGGUGAUGUUAAUGUUGUGUGAUUGUAUGUUCUGUUCUCUGUUCGGGUCGAGACCUUUCAGACUGCGCAGUAGAUUCGGGCCUUUCGGCUUGUGGUUUUGGGUUCUGCGCAUUUUCUGUUUGGGCUGAUUUGGGCUGUUAGUAAUGGUACCCCUUUACAGAUAUUAUAAUCAGGGUCUAAGGACAUUACUCUAAAUUGCUAAUAGUAAAUUUUCAUUUUCUUC